CCUUAAAAACUGUAGUUUUACUUUUAUGUUAUCAUUGCGUUACAGGUUUGGUUUCAUAGUAAAAAAAUUUGUAAUGGGAAAAACAUGAAAGAAACCGCAACUGAUUAGUGGGUUUUUCUCUUUCUUUCUUUCCUUCUUUCUUUUAUUUCUUGAUGGAAAUGAGUGGGAGAUUUUAUUUGGGGAUUGUGGGUUCAGUUCAGGACUUAGAUGAGAGUCAUUUGCCUCUUUAGAUUGGUGAAAAUUAUGGUGUCCUUUCGUUUGUACCCAUUGUGACUUUUUCACUUCUAAAACCCAUGAGAUAUUUGAAAUGUGUUGAAAGGGUGAUCAUGCCUUCAAUCUUGACUGAUUUGGGUUAUGAUUAAGGGAUAAAGUUUUCUUCAUAUCCGAGGUGUGUUUUGAUCCAAGAUCAAUCUGGUUUUGUUGGAAUAGAGGUUGCCCUCUUCGAAUGUAUAGAUUGUUCCGCAUUCGUUUUUAGAAUGGAUUUGGGCUUUAUGUUUGUUCUGCAGAGACAUUGGAGUUAUCUCUUUCAUCCUUGUUUACUAUUUGAAGAUUUGGGAAGACUAUUGCAAAGGAAUUAUAUUAAGAUACUAUAAAGGAGGUUGUGCAUCCAUUUGUUCAGGAUGAGCAGCCAGAAUCAAGGGGCUAGCUUAUGUUCUUCAGUGGACCCCCCUAUGAAGCGGAAACGUGGGCGUCCACGCAAGGAUGAGAGUGUUCAAGGGGAGAGCACACCUGCGACACCUGCAUCUGACAUUCUAAAGAAAAACGAGCAGAGUGUGGGAACAAGUAACCCUGCCUCUGAUGAAAUAGUAGGUCAGAUGGUUUCUGGUGUCAUUGAAGGUUCAUUUGAUGCUGGAUAUCUUCUUAAUGUUAAGGUAGGUGACACCAACACUCAUCUGAGAGGUGUUGUAUUUCUGCCGGGGCGAUUCACUCCAAUUACUGCUGCAAAUGAUGUGGCUCCUCAUGCUAAGAUGUACAAAAGAAAAGAGAUUCCUGUCCCAUUUGUAAACCCUCAAAGUCAGCACCAUGCUGUGGGUCCUCCAUCUGGGCAAAGUGAGAAACCUGUUGAGCCUAAAUAUGAUGCACCUAACCUUCCAGACCAAGGUCUAGAUACUAGGCUUCAGUCUGGUGCCACAGCUGCUAGUGAGAGCAAAUCUGCCUCUAUUCUGAUUCCUCCAGCUAGUAACUUGUCAAUAAAUGACACAAGUCUUCCCCUGGGUCAAAAAUUCCUGCAAGAACAAAUCUUAGGUUCUAGAUUGCUGAAUGAUAAAUCCGUAGGACAGGAUCAGUCACUGGAGGGAUUUGAAGCCUUCAAACCGAUGAAGGGACCAAGUAUUGAUGUGGAGACACCUAAAACAUCUGAGCCACUGUCAGCAACGUUUACUGCUACUUUGCCAUCUACUGAGAUUGUAAAUCUGAAGCCUCAAGUUGAACACCAGGCCUUGAGUUCUGACCUUAAGCCGCAGGAAUUGGUUCAUGAUGAUGUGAAAAGCAUUGACCUUAGUAUCAAUCAAACUCCCAAGUUUCCUGAACCUGAACCUCAAGCCAUGGCUUGUGAACCCAAUGGGAUCAAGAUGUUUGAAAAACAAGCUUCGUCAAGGCAAGAUAUAGAUAUUUCACAGGAUACUCAACUGGAGCAUGCCAAGAAAAUUAUAUGUGGAGAUGACAUAUCUCACAUGGAUGGAUUGUCUGCAAGUGAUACUGCCACAAUGACUGUGACAGUUCCAUGCUCUGCCUCAACCAGCCUACCAGUAAUGAUCUUUGGGGCGGAAACUAUUCCAUCUGAAUCCAAGCCUGCUGCUGAAGAAUCUGAUGUUCCAAGAAGGGUUGUACCUGAAGUUAGUAGUUCCUCAAUGGCUGUCAACACCAAUAGUGUGGAAUGUAUCGCCAAAGAUGCCAUUCCACCAGCAUAGUCUUAGUUUUCUCGAGUUGUGAAACUAAAGGCGGGAAUAGAAUGAGUCUUAGAAGUCAUGGCUUGAAGGAUGACUUGUGUAAGUCAUGACUGAGGAUAGUUGAGAGUUAAAAGGAAAAUACUUAAAUUUAGGUACUUUUUGUCUCUAAUUUGGAUUAUUUGUAAUGGGAACUCUUUGCAAUCUACCUUUUACCGUUUGA